UUAAAAGGCUUGUUACAGUUUGAUCCAAAAAUGAAAUUCUAUUAUCAUUACACCAUUUUCAUUAUACUGUAAUUUGGACGAUUUAGUUAAGUUUGAGAAGGAGCGGCGGAGCGGAAUCAGAUCCUCACCUUGCAGCCAUCGUCAACGCCACUUUCCACCACGUCACUCUCUCUCUUCCUUUUCUCUGUGUUCGGUGCGCCAAAGCCUUUUUCGGGGACCGCAAAAGGGCUGCUGCUUCUGCAACAAACAAGGCCUCGCAUGGUGGGAUCGACUCUCAAUCCCUUAUUAUCCAAUCAACAUGUUUUACUGGUAGAAGUGAAGAAGACGGAGGAAUAGAGUAGUAAAAGCGCUUUGAAGAUAUGGGAUCUUUUAAGGGCCAUGUUCUUCCAGGGACGCUGUUUCUUCUGGUUGGUGUUUGGCACGUAUGGAGUGCUCUGCUUCGGUACAUAUCAAAUCCCAGUUUGUUUCGCGUUCGUGUGUGGAAUCCUAUGCCUGGAUUCGAUGGAAAACUCAAAUACUUAGAGCUUUAUGUUAUUGUCAUUGGCGGUUUCAUUGAUUUGUGUAUUGAGCUUUUGUAUUCAACCCAUCUUAAGUUCUUCGUUAAUGGAGUUUUGAACCCUUCGCACAUGAACAACUUUGAACAUUCGGGGAUGCUUCUCAUGUUCUUCAUUUUUGGAGUCAUCACUUUGCUCUCUGAAAAGUCCAGAUUUGUUCGUCUACCAGAUGAAGCACUCUGUCUGAUUGCUGCCACGGCAUUCUGCGCUGAGUAUCUGUUGUUUUACUUUCAUUCAACUACUCAUAAAGGCCUUGAAGGUUACUACCAUAUUAUCCUUGUCCUCUUGAUAGGGCUCUGCAUUUUGUCAACCGUUGCUGGAGCUAUUUUACCUACCAGCUUUCCAGUUGACGUGUGCAGCGGUAUCGCCAUCACCCUUCAGGGGCUUUGGUUUUAUCAGACAGCCUUCACUCUGUAUGGUCCAAUGAUGCCUGAUGGUUGUGAGCUCAAGGAUGAUAUGAUGGUCAUGUGUCACUCAAAAGAUAGUGAGGUUAGGGGUGAAUUCCUUGCAAAUUUCCAGCUCUUUUCCAUGGUCAUUGGAGUUCUUGGUGGAGUCGUUGGAGUUUACUGCUUUGCAGGGUCGAAGUACGGGCGAUCCGACCUCAGAAGUUCGAAUGCCAUCCAAGACUAAAUUGUAAUCCCGGGUAAAAGUGAGUUUCACUAAAAUGAGAAUGAAACCACCAAAAAAAAUGGAGGAAAUGAAGAGAUGGGGAAGAAAAGAGAGGUUGCAGUUGUGUCCUUUUACAGAUUACUUUGUAAUAUUUUGAGGCAAAUAGUUCUUUAUGCUCAUUCUCCGAUGACUUUACAGGGUCUUGUUGCUAUCAUGUGACAAUGGCAAAGAUAGUCUAGUUUUAUAACUUUUUUUUCUUUUGACGGCCUGAUUGAAAAUUAUAGUUUCAUUUUGAAAAUUUCAUAUAUACGAUUUUAUACCACCUCUAUUUAUUAUUUAUCUUAAUAAUAACAUUUAAAAAUAACGUGAACUUACGGCUCUUCAGUGCUUAUAUGUUGAAGGUCAAGUGUACAAGGAUACUAAUAUUCCUUCUAUUUUGUUGGAUCCAAAAGGGGAAAAACAUUGUGGACACAUGAAAUUCAAAUUUCUUUGAUGAGUACGAACAUGAUAAAAAUUGAAAAGAAUAAUUGUUUAGAGAUGGAGGGAGAUUAAUAUAUUCAUGGUUUAAUAUGGGUUCUGAGGGUUCGAGCUUCUCUCAACUUUAUGCUCAUUUUAUAAUAUAUAUAUAAAAAACUAAUAAAGUAUCAAUAACUUUAGUUAGUCUAAUGGUAAAAACGUCUUCCAAUCCCUUUUGAGCUCUGGUUUGAAUUUCAUUCCUUUUAUUUAUUUCUUAAAUUUUCCUUCCUUUGACAAUCCUAUAAAUUUUUACUGAGUUAUAAAGUCUUCAUCAACAAAAGUUUUGAAUCCAUCGGUGAAUAUAUAUGUGUACACGCAUAUGUACAUCCUCAUGUAUGCAUGUUUUUAUCAUGAUGUUGGAUUUUUUUUUGCUGGUCAUGGGAAUUGGUGUUUGGAAUUGGUGUUUGUUGUAUGUUCUUGUACAUUUUCUUUCUUUUUCAAUGGAAGCGCCGUUUUUUUU